AUGUCAGGCACUGUAACAACCUAUGCUGAAGCACUAGAAAAGGCUUUGGAAGAAGAGAUGUGUGAGGAACGUAUCUGGAAAGGAGUAGUUGCUAGAAGGGAAGCUAGGAAAACUAACCAAGGGGAUCACAAGAGGAAACCCCAGGAAGGUCAAAGCAAUGGAGUAGACAAGAAGCUCAAGGGAGAAGGAGAGGUGGAAGCUAGCAAUAAAGUUGUGAAAGGUCAAAUUUAUAUAUAUGGUGUAAAAUGCAAAGUUUUAUUUGAUUCUGGAGCUACAAAUUCAUAUGUGUCACUAGAUAUAGCUGAUAGGCUAAGAUUAAACGUUAAGAGGUUCGCAAAUAGUUUUGUCACUACACUACCGUUGGGAGAACUGAUGUUGUCAUCAAGAUGGUUUCAAGCAGUCCCUAUCAAGGUAGAAGAAAGAGAACACCCUAGAGAUUCGGUGGAGUUUAACAUGAAGGACUAUGAUGUCAUACUUGGAAUGGAUUGGCUCACAAAGUUUGGAGCUACCAUCGACUGUAGAAGGAAGAUUGUAACGUUCAGACCAGAAGAGGGCGAGCAAUUCACAUUCAUGGGAGAAAUAACUGGAGUUCGAACACCUAUCAUCUCAGCACUAAAGGCCAGAAGCAUGAUUCAGAAGGUAUUCCAAGCAUUUAUUGCAUGUAUAGUGGACAAAACAAAGGAAACACAACUAAGACAUCGAGAUGUUAGAAUAGUGUGUGAAUUCCCUGGGGUAUUUCCAGAAGAUUUACCCAAACUACCCCCAGACAGAGAGAUCGAGUUUAUAAUCAAGCUAGCACCGGGAACCGCACCAAUAUCAAAAGCACCAUACAAAAUGGCACCAACGGAGGUGAAGGAACUAAAGCUAUAUAUAGAAGAACUGUUGAACAAUGGUUUCAUUCGACCAAGUCAUUCGCAAAUGCCCCAGCUGCUUUCAUGGAUAUGA